AUGAUUCCAAUGGGCGAUACAUUAGUUCGAUAUGACAAUCCCAUAUCAAUAAGCAAGAAUAACCUGGAAACGAACAAGAAGAUUGAAAAGAAAAGUCAAAAAAGAUCAUCAAACUCGCCUCUGUUCGAUAGUUUAGUAACGUCGCCAUCUCCAUCUCCGACAUCUGGAGGCAGAAAUAAUGUUCCUGAUGAUUCUUCUAUACAGAAGACUCAGGAUAUACUGAAUGCCAUGUUGCCGCCAAGAGAAUGGAUAGCGAACGAACAGCAAUGGAUACAGCAUGUCUCGAGCACUCCGGCGACACGUUCGGAUGUGGUAAAUAUUCAGGAAUUGUUGGACAAGAAGCUCCAACAGAGGCAAGCCAGGGAAACCGGGAUCUGUCCGGUUAGGCGAGAACUCUACUCCCAAUGUUUCGACGAGUUGAUCCGUCAGGUGACAAUAAACUGCGCCGAACGUGGUCUCCUGUUAUUACGAGUGCGUGAUGAAAUACGACUGACUCUAGAUGCAUAUCAAGUCCUGUACGAGAGUAGCGUGGCCUUUGGAAUGAGAAAGUGUCUGCAGUCGGAGCAAGGAAAAGUUGAUAUGAUCAAACAGAUAGAAGAUUUAACUCGAGAGAAGGCUGAAUUAGAGAGGCAGGUUGCUGAAGAGAAAGCGAGAUGUGAGCAGACGGAGAGGAGAUACCAGGAACAGAAGCAUCUAGAAGAGAAGAAACAUUCGGAUGAAGUUCAGUUCCUUAAAAAGAUCAAUCAGCAGUUAAAGGUUCAGCUAGAAGGAAUAAUUGCUCCGAAGAAACAAAAUUGA